GGCUGUAGUGACAGCCUUUUCAUCAACUCACAAACCACAAACCAUUACAAUCAAAUCAUCAAAAAACACCGCAACAAUGGGACUGGUAGAUUAUUCAGAUUCGGAGGAUUCAGAUUCUCCAGAGGUUACUGCGCCAAAGCCACCAACAUCAACAUCCACAACUGGUAAACCUGCCUUCCAGAAAGUUGUCGAUAGAUCAAAUCCUGGCAAAAUUCGCGUUUCAUUACCACAAGCAUCUUUGAAAGACGAUACCAAAACCGAUGAGCCUCCAACGAAGCGCGCGAAGACAGGCGGUGGAGCUUUCAGUGGAUUUAAUUCGUUCUUGCCAGCUCCAAAGAGAGCAGGACAAUCUACAAGUGCGACACUGGGUGGUGGAAAUGCGGCGCGAAAGAGUGGUUUGGGAGCUGGUGUUAGUUUGAAGACUGGUGCAGCUCCUGCUUUUAGUCGGGAACCAGAACCGGUACAGGAGAGAGAAUACACGACGGAAGAGCCUGCUGAAGAGGAAGAGGGAGCUAGUGGGUCUGGGUUAAACUUACCUCCUCCAAGCUCCUUGGUCGAUGAACAGAAACCAGCAGAUGAAGUCAAAUUGGUCGGGAAACCAUUAAUGUUCAGACCAUUAUCCGUCGCGAGGAAGCCAGCAAAAAAGAAGCCCCAGAAGCCAAAUUCAAAUGCACCUACGGAUUCUACUUUUACUUCAACACCACAAAUUAACUCACCAGCCACUCCACAAAAUACCGGAAAGGUAGCGGCAAAACCAAAAGUAUCCUUAUUCUCUCUAGAAGUAGAACCGGUGAACACACCAAACACCACUUCAAAUGGAGAAUACAAACCACUGCUCUACCAACCUACCCCCUCCAAAGAACCCAUCUACGAAGACUACACCCCAACAACCAGCCACACCCUCCCUUUCGCUCCCACGCCUCCAGUAAAUAACCACAACACCGAAUCCCUCUCCUCCAUAGCCGAUACUCUCCAUCUCUCCGCCGCCGAACGCCGCCAACUCUUCGGUCGUCAAAAAGGUGGUGGUUCAGGUCCACAGGCCGCAACCAAAAUCAUCAAUUUCAAUACAGAUCAAGAAUACGCACACAAUGAAGAACUCCGCGCGGCAGGAGAACAAGUUGUGCAUAAUCCUGUCAGAGCAAUCGCGCCUGGUAAACACAGUUUGAAACAAUUGGUUGGGGCGGCGCAGAGUCAGAGGGAAGCAUUGGAGGAGAGUUUCGCAACGGGUAGGAAUAAUAGGAAGGAAGCGGGAAGUAAAUAUGGGUGGUAGAUUAGGGUUUAGGAUAACAGAUUGGUUUCUGAUGAUGGGGAAGAAUGGAGAAGGGAAGGAGCUGGAUUGGAAAUACGAAAUAAGAAAUGAGAAAUAAUUCGAUACCCAUAUACACUAUUCUCAAAUCGUAUUUCACGAUCUCACAUGCGUAAUUCUGGCACCGAUGCAUAGAGAUGAUCUCCAUUCUUCUCUGAUUCACCUCACUCACCUCGCUGGUAACCACCACGGCGUUCAGCAGUAAGCGAGAAGGCAGGCCCCCCUUAGGGAUAUUCCCGAAAGUUGGGCAUCGAUCUGCUACCGCUUUGAACGAACUGAUCACAUUAUCUAUUGGGUAAUUUGUAGGAUACAAGACACCAAGCCCUCCUCGUCCAGCGAUAGGAAAUAUAUUCUCGCAUUAAUGAAAUGAUUGACA